GGACCUUCAUAUACAAGCUGACAAUUAAUUGCCAUUUUAAGCAAUAUUAAUUUAGUUACAUUUUACAUUGAUCAACAGAACAAAAAUCAUUUGGCUAGCAGUUUCCCUCAACAUAUUCUACAUAACUCAGAUAUCUUACCUGUAGCUUUAAAUGGUGUUAAAGAAAACAGCAAAUUCUAUGCCAUAGAAACCACCCAGAAAUCAACUGACUUUCAGCAUGACAUUCAGACACACCUUCUGUUCCAUCUGACAGUCCCUCUGGAACAAACUGACUGACAGACAAAUAUGUGAAUAUUUGCUUACACGAAAUCUGCUAUCGCGCAAAAAUACAGACAACAAUGCAAGCGAUUCCUAUCUCGCUCUCUGUACAGGUGGGGAGGGUGAAAUCUCAGUUUGGAGUCUCAGUCUUCCUCAUUUCAUCCGACUACAGCAGCGUCACACCAUCAGCUCAGUCCCAUCAUUCGAUGCAGUUUUGAGUAAUCAUUAAACCUAAAUGGAUUUAUUGUUCUCCAAUAUGCACGUGCCUAAAACAAUGACCUGUUGCUAUUUUUGGCACUGUUCUCCUCGCUGAACGACUGCAAACUCCCUGUGCUAUAUAUCGGGAGCAUCAUCUCAGGGAACGGACUCUCUGGCGGAGCGCAGGACGGGAUGGCAUCGCAACAGCGCGUUUAGGAAACGGGAAUGGGAAGUUUACACGAUCGCGGAUACUGGCUAAAAACACGGCUUUAAAGGAAGUUUAAAAAGUAAUAAUCUGCAAUAAUUCAAUGAUCGGCUCUGAAUGAGCUGCUCUGUUUGUUGACUGUUAAUUCUUCACAUUAAGCAGCGCUGGCUCUUCGGGCACAAUGAAAUCCAUCUUCUACACUCGCUUUUUCAUCCUUCUUCCGUGGAUCUUGAUAGUGAUCAUCGUGAUCGACAUUGAUACAAAGAGAUUGUCUGUUCGGAACACGGCCAGCUUUUAUUUGUCUCGGCUGGGAAAUGUGCAGCAGCAGCAGCGGCAGGUCGUCAGGACGACCCGGAGCAGCAGCACCAGCAUCAGCAGCAGCAGCAACAGCGGGAGUAACGCCACAUCUCUCCCGGUCAUUUAUGCCAUCACUCCUACUUACAGCCGAGCGGUGCAGAAAGCAGAGCUCACCCGCUUGGCAAACACGUUCCGCCAGGUUCCGCAGUUCCACUGGAUCGUGGUGGAGGACUCGAACUCCCACACGGAGCUGGUUUCUCGGUUUCUCGCCCGCUCCGGGCUGCGAUUCACUCACCUGAACGUGUUCACCCCGCGCAGGUUCAAGCGGACAGGGAUGCCCCGAGCGACCGAGCAGAGGAACUUAGCGCUCGGCUGGCUGAGAGGACAUCGCUCAGUCAAAGAUAAAGGAGUCGUUUUCUUCGCGGAUGAUGAUAACACUUACAGCCUUGCGUUAUUUGAAGAGAUGCGGUCAACCAGGAGAGUGUCAGUGUGGCCGGUGGGACUCGUUGGAGGCCGGAGGUACGAGCGGCCCUUAGUGGAAAAGGGGAAAGUGGUCGGCUGGUACACAGGCUGGAAGGCCGACAGGCCAUUUGCAAUUGACAUGGCUGGUAAGACACCACUAAGAUCUCUUGAAAAUAUUUAA